AUGGCUAAUUUCGCCAGUCAUGUCAGUCAAAUGUUUGGUAUACCAUUGCCAAACAAAGUGACAAUUCCUGGUGACCCUUUAAACCCAAUCAUGAGUGGAUCACUUAUGGACUAUGACAUACCCAUUCAAAGGAAUGAAUAUCUUGUGCAAGCAUCAAGAGCCAUGGAAGUGCUCUUAAAGCUUGGGAAUGUAAAUGCUCCACUAUGGAAUAGAAACAUAGAAGGUGGAGGAGAAACCCUUAAUUUUGUUGAAUAUGAAAGGGCUUUUCCUCCUAUCCUUGGCACAAAACCACCUGGAUUCGUAUCUGAGGCUACACGGGCUAGGAGCGUGGUACCGAUGACUAGUUCUACCCUUAUAGAAGCAUUACUCAACACGGAUCAAUGGAGAGAAAUGUUUAUAGGCAUGAUCGGCAGUUGUACUACAAUGGAAGUGAUUUCCAAUGGUACAGGAGGCUCAAGAAAUGGUGCUCUCCAACUUAUGAAGGCCGAAAUUCAACUCAUUUCGCCUUUAGUGCCAGUUCGAGGGCUUAAGUUUAUUCGAUUUGCCAAACAGCAAGCACAGGGGCAAUGGAUUGUGGUUAAUUUGUCAAUCGAUUCGGGUAUUGAAGGACACAUGACAAGAAGGUGUCCUUCUGGUUAUGCCAAAUGGUUUCACCAUGGUAUAGCAUAUGUUACGUGGAUCGAACAUACUGAAUACGAUGUGCAAUCGGUCUCCCACCAGUAUCGCCAGUUAAUCAACUCGGGUGUGGGCUUCGGUGCACAAAGAUGGAUUAGUGCACUUUUGCGGCAUUGUGAAAGCAUAACAGCCAUCAUGUCUCCCACCCUCAACCACCACCUACUUCAAGAUACAAAAAGAAGCUUAAGAGGCCUAGCACAACGCAUGAUGAGUAUCUUUUGCGGUGGGGUUUGUUUAACCGAUGGUCAACAAUGGGAUUUGGUUGCGGAUCAUGCACCAAGAAGACCAAGGAUCAUGGCACACAAUUACAUAAGUGGUUUUGGUGAACCAAUGGGAAUAGUCACUAGUGCAACCUAUUAA